AUGAACAUUUUCCUAUCAAGUGUCCUCUGUGCUGAUAAGCCAAGAAUCUUUCCAGGAUACACGAGAUUGCAACAGAUAUACGCCGCAAACCGAAACCACGCGGUAGUCAAGUACACAGUUGAAGAAGGAAACCAAUUUCUCAUUGUCAACGAUUUCAAGUACAGCAGGGUGAGAAGAGUCGAAGGACACAUCCUUCGUAACAACUCACCUACUCCAAUUCCAAAUACGGACAAGUUGUACACAGAUGACUUCAACAGCACCUUGAAAGAAUUCUUCUCCGUUCUCACUAGCACGAGUAUAACUGUUCUUGGCCAAAUUGCACAAAGACAACAUUAUGAUGUGAUGGACAGUUUUUUGACCUCAUUCAAUAUGUUUAAGAACGUAAAACAUGCUGAAUGCUGUGUAUGGGCCCAUAUGUUGGCUCAAUUCAAGUAUAUUCCUAACCACCUUAGAGGUGAAAUACUUAGUCUAAUUGACACUGAUACAUUUGAUGCCAAGUAUUUUAGAGAAAAUAUGACACUAAGCAAGAAUACAAUUAGGAACAUUGCAAACGCUGUGAACUACUUCAUUCCAUUAGGGAAGCUUGCUGGUGAAUAUGGUGGAAGGGUGGCCUUCUACUACGUCAUUACGCUGGAUAAUGGGCAGACGUACAGAACACCACUGAUUUCUGUGCUCAGGAACUACGUUACGACAUUUAUAUCAGUGGAUGUUGAAGAGAGGGAUCUGCCCAUGUUCACUUACAAAGGUGAGGUGAUUGAUAAGGAACUAGAAAUCACACAAACACUAACAAAAGUAAACACCAUAACCAGUGGGGUAGAAAUGGUUACUACAAUUCAGGUUAAGGAUGUGAUACCAGCUAAGGAGCGAUUUGCUAGGAUGAAUACAGGGGCAUUGGUUACAUUCACAAUCAUAUUCAUGAUAAUGUGUGUAGCAGGAGGAAUAUUGUUCAUGAAACUGUACAAAAAGUACAAGAAGGGAAAGAUUGAAGACGUGGACGUGAUUGAGGAUGAAGAUGUGGUAGAAAAUGGUGAUUUAUUGGAUAAUAAAAAGUGA